UCUCCCCUGCUUUUCCACCCCACACUCUCAGCACCCACACCAUAGUUUAUAAACAAAUGAAGAAAAUAAUAGCCAUCUAAAAUUCCAUUUAUCUUUGCCUAAACAUAUAAUAAUAUCAUGAACUUAGCUGUUCUUGGAUCCAGAGAUUCUGGGUCUUAUUGCAUUUUAUUAAUCCCUUGGUAUUGUAAUUCACUUUCACAUACAUACUAACAAACAUUAGUUUAGUUUAUAGGAUUUUCACAACUCAAAACUUAUCUAUCCUUUCUAAACUCCUAAACUACCACAAUAACAAACAACUACCCUUAUAACUUGUAAGUUCUACCUCGAUCUCUCUUCCUUUUUUGGUGUGUGCUGUUUUUUUCAUUGAAGUUUGUAGCUUCUUCUAGGGAGAAACAGCCAUAUUCUCUUUUAGCAUCAAUUACUAGCUGCUUACUUAAGCAAUAAAACAACUUGUUUUUAGUCUUUCUUUGUAUAAUUGUAAUGCCUGUUAAUCAUCCAUGGCACCAUCACCUCCACUCCCACCUCAUAUUUCUUAUCUUCAUACUUGCUAUGUCCUUCAAACCGGCCUUCGCCAUCAACCCACAAGGCGAGGCGCUCCUCUCUUGGAAACGAACCUUAAACGGAUCGAUUUCGGCCUUAAGUAACUGGAACACAAGUGAUCAAACACCAUGUAAAUGGUUUGGGAUCACUUGUAACUUUAAGAAUGAAGUGAUGGAGUUAAACUUGAGGUAUAUAGAUUUACAUGGCAAUGUACCUUCAAAUUUCACCUCAUUAUUGACCUUAACAAAGGUUACCCUAGUGGGAGCAAAUCUCACUGGUACAAUCCCAAAAGAGUUGGGAUUACUCCAAGAGCUUAAGUCCUUAGACUUAAGUGACAAUGCCUUAAAUGGUGAAAUCCCAAGUGAGAUAUGCCACUUACCCAAGUUAGAACAACUUUACCUUAACACAAAUCAGCUUGAAGGUUCAAUACCCAUUGAACUUGGGAAUUUAACUAGCUUAUCUUGGUUGAUUAUCUAUGAUAAUCAACUUAGUGGUACAAUCCCAAGUACAAUAGGAAACCUCAAGAAUCUACAAGUGAUAAGAGCUGGUGGAAAUAAGAACCUUGAAGGUAAUUUGCCCUUAGAGAUUGGCAAUUGUACUAAUUUGGUAAUGCUUGGAUUAGCUGAAACUAGUCUCUCAGGGUCUCUUCCUUCAACUAUAGGCAACCUCAAGAAACUCGAAACGCUUGCCAUUUACACCGCCCUUAUCUCCGGUGAAAUCCCACCAGAGAUCGGUGAUUGUAGCAAUCUUGAAAGCAUAUAUCUCUACGAUAACUCGAUCUCAGGUUCGAUUCCACCUCACUUAGGGAACCUUAAGAACCUCCAAAACCUGCUGCUUUGGCAAAACUCUUUGGUGGGCACAAUCCCUUCUGAGUUAGGAAAGUGCACCAAUCUUGUUAUUGUAGAUAUGUCAUUAAACUCAUUGACAGGUAGUAUACCAGCAUCAUUUGGAAACCUGACAAAGUUGGAAGAAUUACAACUGAGUGUAAAUCAAAUAUCUGGUCCUAUCCCAACUUCUUUGGGAUCAUGCACAAGUCUCACCCACAUUGAGAUUGAUAACAACCAGUUAACUGGUGUGAUCCCAUCUGAGUUGGGACAGUUAACCAAUCUUUUACUCCUCUUUUUGUGGCAGAACAAAUUAGAAGGAAACAUCCCACAAAGUUUAGCAUACUGCAAGAACUUAGAAGCCAUUGAUUUCUCAACAAACAGCUUAACUGGGAUCAUUCCAAAAGGGAUUUUUCAGCUACAAAAACUCAACAAAUUUCUGUUAUUAUCCAACAAUUUGUCGGGCCCACUUCCACCAGAAAUCGGGCAGUGUAGUUCAUUGAUAAGAUUCAGAGCAAGCAACAACAAGCUCAUUGGGGCAAUUCCUCGAACACUUGGUGCGCUUAAAAAUUUGAACUUCCUCGAUCUUGGGAAUAACCGGAUUACCGGAGUUAUACCGGAAGAAAUCUCCGGUUGCCGGAAUCUCACUUUUCUCGACCUUCAUUCAAACUCCAUUUCUGGGUCUUUACCUGUAAGUUUGAGCUCUCUUUUUUCUCUUCAAUUUAUCGAUGUUUCAGAUAAUAUGAUUGAAGGGAAAUUAAGCAAAAAUAUUGGGUCACUGAGUUCACUCACUAAACUCGUUCUUGGGAGGAAUAAACUCAAUGGGUCAAUUCCUAGUGAGAUUGGGUUAUGUUCGAAGCUUCAAAUGAUCGAUUUCGGCAACAAUCAGUUUUCCGGUGAGAUUCCGGCGACUAUUGGGAAUAUUCCGGGGCUUGAGAUUGCUUUGAAUGUAAGUUGGAAUCAACUUUCCGGUGAAAUACCGCCGGAGUUUUCGUCUCUCACUAAGCUCGGAGUCCUUGACCUUUCUCAUAACAAGUUUUCCGGCGACCUACAUUCUCUUGAGGCUCUCCAGAACCUCGUGGUUCUAAACAUAUCCAAUAAUGAGUUCUCGGGAAGUGUGCCCGUCACGCCGUUUUUCUCGAAGCUUCCGCCGGCGAUGCUUGCUGGAAACGCGGGUCUUUGCGUCGUCGGUGAUCGGCGGUGCGCUGUCGCAGGUGGCGGCGCCGGUAGAAGGGCGAGGGUGGCGAUGGCGGUGCUUCUUUCGAUCGGUUCCGUGUUGCUCCUUGUGGCUCUCUAUAUUAUAUUUGGCGGGGCUCGAUAUUUGCGCCGGUCCCACAGAAAUGACAUGGAGUGUGUGGAUGAUGACGUGGAGAUGUGUCCGCCUUGGGAGGUCACGUUGUACCAGAAGCUUGACCUCUCGAUAGUUGACGUGGCAAGGAGCAUGAUCGCCGGGAAUAUCGUUGGUCGAGGGCGGUCUGGUGUUGUUUAUCAGGUAAUGCUCGCAUCGGAUAUUACCAUUGCUGUUAAGAAAUUUCGGUCAGCUGAUAAGCUCUCAACGGCGUUCUUCUCGUCGGAGAUCGCCACAUUGGCUAGGAUUCGACAUCGGAAUAUUGUUAGACUAUUGGGUUGGGCAGCUAAUAGGAAGACUAAGCUUUUGUUUUAUGAUUAUAUGGUAAAUGGCACCCUUGGUGCAUUGUUACAUGAGAGUGGCACUAGCACUGGUGUAGUGUUGGAGUGGCAUACUCGAUUCAAGAUAGCACUUGGGGUAGCAGAAGGGCUUGCUUAUUUGCAUCAUGAUUGUGUACCAGCGAUUGUUCAUCGAGAUAUUAAGGCACAUAACAUAUUGUUGGGAGAUCGAUAUGAAGCUUGCAUUGCCGAUUUUGGUCUUGCUAGACUUGUGGAAGAUCAAAGUAGGUCAUUUUCUGAAAGUCCACAACUUGCAGGAUCGUAUGGAUACUUUGCUCCUGAAUAUGCAUGUCCUGUGAAGAUCACGGAAAAGAGCGAUGUGUUUAGUUAUGGUGUAGUUUUGCUAGAGAUAAUCACCGGAAAGAAGCCCGUCGAUCCUUCAUUUCUAGAAGGGCAACACAUUAUUCAAUGGGUUCGAGAACACUUGAAGAGUAAAAAAGACCCAGUUGAAAUCAUCUAUGACAAGCUCCAAGGCCAUCCGGAUACACAAAUUCAAGAGAUGCUCCAAGCAUUAGGCAUCGCGUUGCUAUGUACUAGCAACCGCGCAGAGGAUCGGCCUACAAUGAAAGAUGUUGCUGUAUUGUUGAAAGAGAUUAGACACGAAACAGGUAACGAGGGCCAUAAACCAAGUAGCAACAACUCAAAAAAGCAAGAGAAUCCUCCAAAUUCCUCGUCAACAUCAAAAACCCCACCUCAAUUGUUGCUUAUGCAAGAAUCGUCCAAUAGUUCACUUGCAUAUUCAUCUUCAUCCCCAACUUACCACUCACAAAAUCAAUAAUGUAUGGGCAUUAAGUGCUAAGAUUAGUUUUUGAUUUGCAUAUUCUACUAAUAGAUAGGUAGAACACUAGGUGCUUGAUAAGGAAUUGUAAAGUGUUAGUUAGUGACAUUAUUUAUCCAAUGUAAGAUAGACAUAUGAAGAUGAGCAAUACUGAGUGUACAGUGAAUUCAUAUAAUUUGUUAUUGCCUUUUUGGUGAUUCUACCAAAUAUCUCA